UGACUGCAAUGGACAUGUACCCUGCGAUGACCUGCAGACUCAUCGCAGCGGCUGUCUCGUCCAUCUGUAUCUGUAGUACCAUUGUGCCUUGCUUAGUAGUUGCGGCAGCGGCUGGACUACCUUAUCUUAUCCGGGACUGCGCCCAAACCGCCCUAAACCUCAACUCUUCUUCUUCUUCUUCUUGCCGCCAUGACGGCCACCGCCGCGGAGGCUGCGGUGCCGCCUGAACAUGAGUUCCCGCUGCCCAAGAUCCUCACCAACCCCGCGUCGACCCCGCCAACCCUCAUCACCCAGGGCGCCGAAGGCCGGCUCUACAAGACGACGUACCUGCUCCCGCACAUCCCCUGCGCCCUCAAGUACCGGCCGCCCAAGCCCUGGCGGCACCCGGUCCUCGACCAGCGCCUGACCAAGCACCGCAUCCUGUCCGAGGCCCGCAUCCUCUCCAAGUGCCGCCGCGACGGCCUCCGCGUGCCCGACGUCUACGCCCUCGACGAGGCGGCCGGGUGGCUGAUGCUCGAGUGGGUGCAGGGCACGCCCGUGCGCGUCAACAUCAACCAGCGGCUGGGCAGCAGGACCGAGGGCAUCGAGGACGACGAGGAGCUCAAGGACCUGAUGCGCAGGAUUGGCGCCGCCGUGGGCAAGAUGCACAGCAUUGGCGUGAUCCACGGCGACUUGACGACGAGCAACAUGAUGCUGAAACCCCCCGCGCAACAGACAGAUGAUGCGACCGGACUCGAGGGCGAGAUUGUCAUUAUCGACCUGGGACUCGCCAGCGGAGGUGUUCACGACGAGGACCGAGCUGUAGACUUGUACGUCCUUGAACGGGCCUUUGGGAGCACGCAUCCCCGCGCCGAGUGCAUCUUUGGCGAGGUCCUCGACGCGUAUAAAAAGUCGUUCAAGCAGGCCGGCGUGGCGCUCAAGAAACUAGAAGACGUGAGGAUGAGGGGGCGCAAGAGGAGCAUGCUUGGUUAGAAGGGGGACAUGGCGAGUCGAAAGCAAUAUAUAGACAGCUCCCCUGUAAAUGAUGCCCGCUAUUAUAUGAUAUCCGUAUGGACAGAAACCGAAUCAAACAAAAAUCAAAAAGUAUAUCGCUUUUAGUGAUACACUUCAAGCAAGCUCAGCUCCCGCAAAGUAGCCCUUGUUCUCAAUGACGCCGCGGUCCUUGACAAGCGCAACAUAGCGCACCACCCACUGCGGCGUGAGCUCGCCCUCAAGCCCGGCGCCGCCGUGGGCCGCAUCCGCCAGCAC